AUGGCUUACAACUACAAUCCGUACAACUCUUAUCCGUACCCACAACCAGCAGUCGGACCGUAUGGAGUCGGAGUCGGAGCUGGAGUCGGGUACGUCGCACCACCAAUUGUGCCAGUGCAAGCAGUUGCACCAGUUCCAAUGGUCACUCCAAUGAUGGUCCCGCAACCAUACAUGGCCCCACAACCGUUUGUCGUUUACGAGGAACCGUACUACCAUCAUCAUCACCAUCACCAUUGCUAA